AUGCAGAACUCCUCAGCCAGCGGCGCCAAUAAUCAAGAGCAGCAUCUUCGCGCACAGCUCGAGCUUCUCAAGAGCCACGACGCGACAGGCUCAUCCUCGCCGACUCCUCCUGGAACUCGCGAUCCCAGACAUCACCCUUUACAGCCCGCUCCUGCGCGGCCGUCGAAUGGAUUCGAUCAUUUGCCUAGUCCCCAAGAUCAAAACCGACCUCUAGCCGCUAAAAGCGAAGUGGAAGCUCAUAUCCAUCCUGACCUCCGCGCUCGAGCUGCCCUCGCGCCUACCGCAACCAUGAUGCCAAUCGCCCCUCCUUCUGGGCACAGUCCAGGCGCAUCUGCUGGUCCAUCUUCCGCCCCAAUUGCUCCUGCGCCUCCAUCAAUGUUGGCAGACGAUCAUCUAGGUGAAGGCCGCAAAGCAAAGCGGGAGUUGUCCCAGUCAAAGCGCGCAGCACAAAACAGGGCCGCUCAAAGAGCGUUCCGACAGAGAAAGGAAGGUUAUAUCAAGAAACUCGAGCAGCAGGUCCGCGAUUAUAUGGAUAUGGAACACACUUUCAAAUCGAUGCAGUCGGAGAAUUACGCGUUGAAAGAUUAUGUCGUUCAUUUGCAAUCGCGACUGUUCGACGUGUCAGGCGAAUAUCCCCCUCCACCUCCGAACAUUAAUCUUGCCCAACCCGCGCAACAAGCACAGGCUCCAGCCGCGACAGCUCCUCCCCCUCCUCCCGAACCAGCACCUAGCAACCCAGCUGCGGGAACACCAUUGGAGGCUGUUGCACAAGCCGUGGCCGGUCUCGCGGCUCAGGAGCAAAUCGAGCGACAACAGUAUCCAGCAGCGCAUUUUAAAAAUGAAGCGAAUGCCGAAGAUACAAGGACUGCUGAUGAGAUCAACAAGCAAUUACAACACUCGGAGGAGCCCCCAGCACAACAACCAGCGGUCUAA